UGUUAGUCCCGGCAGAGUGAAACCUUUCUUGCUUUUACCGUGCGUCCCAGGAUCAUGAGUAGCAUUUCUCGUCCAUUGGAAUCUCACAGUGCCGCAUCAAAAUCACGUCAAGGCCGCCACAAGUGAAAUAUUGAACUGAUUUCCUUCCGCGCCUUCUCCACGCUUCACCCCACGUCAUAGCUCUCCAUAUUACGACCAGUAGCUGUGUUCACACAGUCUGGAACGACUGUAGCGAAGCCAUAGCUAUCGAAGCUCGCACUAUCUAGGCGACUGGCUUAUUGUUAUAUUGGGCUUGCUGCUCGUUUGACAGGCCGCCAAUGGGCACCGCAGCAUAGCACAUUUGGCUCUGCGCAAUCGCACACAGAAGACGCCAUGGCUCCAGGCUCGAUGAGAGAUGCUGUCAAGGCUCUUGACAACACCUUUAGCGCCCCCGACGUACCCUACCCGCUACCUGAUGAGCUCUGCGUAACCAUCCAGGCCUUCCUCGAUCGCUACGAUGACAUCGACGAUCACGACUCACAGCGGUUCCACGAGGAUCUCCACUCGCUAUACCAACGGCAUGUCGCGGACAAUACGGCUAAACACGGCGCAUUCCUUUCAGCUUUGCGAUUCGUACGGCCAGCUCUGACUGGCGAGACGAGGUUGACCAUUUGGUGGAACUUGGUUUUGAAGCCCAAGAUAGAUGGGAUAGGACACAAAAGACAAGAGAUCGAAGAUGCAAGAGAGAUCGUGCAGAGCAUGUUGGUAUAUGAUGCUGAAGAGGAUCAAACAGGAGAACAUGCACGUCUGUCGAAGCUGUUCACGAGAAAAAUCCUGGAUGCAUAUCUCAUCCGGACUGAUGUCUCAGUAGUUCCUGAGAACGCUGUGUCGCCGGAGAACGAGUUCAUUGCUAAUGAGCUCGAGAGUGUUCUCAUUACAUUCGGGAGAAGGAUGCCCAAGCUGCUUCUCUUUGCUCUCGAUGAGCUCUUCGUACAAAAGCAAUACCGAUUGCAAGCACUAGGUCUUCUGAGCGCUUUCGUGCGCCUGCAACCUCCGCAUCUGCACCUCGUACUCGAAACUCCUCUCUUACAGCACUUAGAGAAGUGUCUACUCAUCGACACAUCCACUGUAGUUAUGGAACUUGCUCUUGUGGUGCUGAUUAUGCUCCUGCCUCACAUAUGUGGAUCUUUAACUUCCGAUCAUCAUCUCCCGAAGCUGUUCUUGAUCUACACAAGGAUUCUUUGCUCCGAUAAGCUGAGCAGAUCUGAAGAUCAAAACGCGGAGAGAGACCAGGACGAGAGAAGGUAUGAGGAUAGCGAAGAAGAGGGGGAAGCGAGCCCAGACCAUGAUCAAGCAUGGGAGCAACUGCAGCCUGCAGAAGGGGAAGAGGGAGGUUCACCAACCCUUAUGCACUACUUUACGUUCCUCUACGGGCUGUUUCCGCUGAACUUCAUGAGCUUCAUCAAGAAGCCUAGGAAGUAUCUGAAGUCGCUCAACUUCCCAGGUGCGAGAGACUUCGAUCUUGAUCAGCAACUCAUCCAUGGCCGAACCGAGCCCUACCGGACUGUCCAUUUGUUGCACCCGAACAUGUUUACAACCACCAUCGAAGAGGAGCUCAGCGAGAACAGAUGGCUCAAGAGUGAUCCUGCAGACGUCGUCACCGAAUGCAUGGAUCUUUGUGUUGCAGUCUCAGCAUCCUUGGAAGACCCUGGACCGCCUCCCACGACCAGGCUUCCACCUGUCCCACCUCUACCCGAAGUUCCAGCAGAGUUCGCCCUAGAUGAGACUAGAAACGACUCUGAAGUGAGCUGGAGAAACACUCAAUCUACGAUGUUUAUUUCUCCAAGCGACGCACCCGAUGUUGCAGAAACUGCCGACAUGCCGCUCAGGUCAAAGUCAGUCGCAUCUGCGCAGUCAUUCAAGUCGGCAUCGCCUCUGUUGAAGACCCACGAUACAAUGGAUUCGCCAACUUUGCCACCAGCAAAGGAGUUAUUGAAACAGAACCUGCUUGGCACCACGACCGUAUCAUCGCAGCGACGAGUCAAUCCCCAGCCAAGCUUGGACAGCUUUGCUCGAUCGACUGCCGGCACUCUCUCGCCUCCACACCAGCAUUUUGACUUUCACGGUCAGACGAUGUCGUCAUUGCAGCGCGAGAUCAUGCUUCUUCGAAACGAUCUAAAUUUCGAACGCUACUUGAAGCUUCAACACCUUUCGCACAUUGGGCAGCUGCAGCGAAAGCACAUCCGCGAGGCUGCAGCAGAGGCUGAUACUCAAAAUUUAAUCAACACGAACAAGACGCUGAAGGCUAGGCUGACAAAAGCGAAUGAGCUUUAUAACCAGCUCAAAAAAGAAACACUUCAAAGCCGCAACCAGAGCAAAAAGUGGGAGAAUGAUCUCAAUUCCAAGGUCCGGGUAUAUAGAGACAGCGAGAAGACAUGGCAUAGUGAAGAAGAGAGUCUGCGAUACGAGCUUCAGAGAACACAGUCUGACUACGAGCAUCUCAAGAAAAUCGUUGAGAAGGCAGAAGCUGAGCAGCUGAGGGCUGAACAACGCACAAGAGCUCUCGAGUACGAGCUGGAGGACUAUAGCACCAUACGCAACGAGCUCGAAACUGCACAGCAGAAAGUCUUGGAGUACGAAGAGCAGGCUCAAGGUCUACAUAGUCUGGUUCAGGAGCGCAACGACUUGCGCAACGACCUCGAGAUUGCAAAUAUGCGUCUGAACAGUCGCGAAGCUGAGCGUGAACGUUCUAUCUCAGCCUACGAACGGCGCAUCAUGACACUAGAGCAUCAACUACAGGUAACUGAGAUGUCAGCGGGGCCUCCAGGACAGUUGCCUGCUUCGGUUCAGCAAAUGCUCGAUUCGGCUCUCGCAGCAAGCCAGGCCAAGCUGCAAUCUUUGAAGAGAGCGCAUCAGAAUUUGUCGGCACAGCAUACUGAACUGCAGUUGAAGUACCAAGAUCUCGAGGCGGAGCACCAUGCUACAUUGGGCCGAUUCGACGUUCACGAGAAGACAGGACACCACGAGUAUGCUCAGUCGCAGCUCAGUCGCAACUCGAGCCUGCGCGAAGGAAACCAUUAUGGCGUACGGCACCUGCCUCCAACAUCGACAGAGCCUUCGAUCGACGAAGAGCGCGAGUACUUCUCAAAUAUCCACUCCCCAACCAGUCCAACCUCUGCUAUCUUACCAGCAGCACAACGACCAGCUCGGCUGGACUCUAUGCCCAGUCACGGAAGCCAACGAUCGCAGCGGUCACCUCCAGGCCCCUCGAUGUACCCUGCCUUCGGUGGCGCCCUGCACCCUGAUCUGUACGAGCCGCAAGCUCUAGCGAGAAUUAACCCUGCGGUCCAGUCAAGCGCCAAAAGUAGCUUCUCUGUUGAAACAGAGGGCAGUGGUGGUAAGGCCGAUAAGGAUAAGGUGGAGGCGAAGUCUGAGGUCAGGGUGUAUGGUCGUGGUGGCGCACAGAAUAUCGGAAAGAAGGUCAAAGAUAAGGAGCAAAAGAAAGCAUCCUCAGCUAAGACGGGAGGUUUCCGUGGUCUUAGAGGAAUCAUGUGAGGCAAGAUUGUUGCAGGAGUUGCUCCCUUCCAACGUGUCAUGAAUCUUUCACGCAUUAUUGGCUGACCGAGAAGUGGCAACCACGAGGCACGAGAGCAAUGUCAGCGCACCUGGGCAGACUAGGCCUGCUGCCACUUUUGCUUAGUGUUACGAAGAGCAUGUAGUCAAUCAUAUUGUGUAGUACUAAUUAUCAUUUCGAGAUCG